UCCCACAGUGCGGCGCUCCCUCUCCAUUUAUGUUCAGUGAGCAGUUCUCCACCCCCCUCCAUUAAAUAAAUCGCUCCCUAGCUGGAAAUAUUUUGACCUUUUCCUGGAAUACUAAGUGGCGGUGUCCCUUUAAAGCACUGUGGUCGCCUUUCCGGAGCUGCUGUGUGGGAGGUUGAGAACCCGUCUAUAUGGGUGGGCGCUGUCGACUUUGCCUCCCUCCGCCCCACUGAUCCUUGUUAGAAGCGGCGGGGACCAGAGCUGGUGGAAGGUCGACGGCGAAGUGCAGCAGUGCUUAAAAUAUUACAUCUCAGCAAUGGCUGGUCUCCUAACUGCGUUGCUCUGUGCUUCUGAGAAAUCUGCAAAUAUAGCGAGGGCUUGCAAACGAGAAGAAGAGCUCUUCCAGCUUCUGAUCGAAGAGAAGAAAGGGCCGGAGAAAAACAAGAAGUUUGUGCAAGACUUCAAGACCCUGGCAGAUGUCAUCAUUCAAGAAGUGAUUAAGCAUGACCUUGAGAAAAAGUUUCCGGAGCUUGCAUCUCACAUCGCUGGAGAGGAAUCCAAUCAUUUUGAAAAUGGUUUGGGUGAAACAAUCAUUGUGAAAGUCUGCAAAACAGAGCAAGCAACUGCAGAAUUAAUAAGUAAAGUGCUAGAUGGGAAUCUGAAAGCUGCUGGCCUUCUGUCCAAGUGCAUCCACGAAGAUAUCCGCAUUGAUGGUCCAGCCUCAGAAGAACUAAAUAUAGACAUUCCUAUGGACACCAUAGGAAUAUGGGUUGAUCCUAUUGAUUCAACCAAUCAAUACAUAAAAGGACAACUUGAGGAGAAGUACAAAUCUGGCAUUCACUCAAGUGGUCUGAAAUCUGCUACUGUACUCAUUGGAGUUUUUGAUAGAAACUCAGGGCAGCCAAUAAUGGGAGUCAUUAAUGUACCUUUUAAUGAUGUGGACCCCAUCUUAAGAUGGAAGGGGAAAUAUUACUGGGGUAUUUCCUACAAUGGAACCAAUAUCCAUUCCAUACCAAAGCAGCUUCCUGCACAUCACAAACUUCUUUCAAUAGUCAUGAGCUCAAGUGAGAAGGAAGACAUCACAAAAGCACUAGCUCAUCUCUGUGGUGACAAACUGUACUAUGCUUCAGGGGCAGGAUACAAAAUCUUGUGUACAAUCCUUGGCUUGGCAGAUGCUUAUGUUGUCACAGCAGAUACUACCUUUAAAUGGGAUACCUGUGCCCCACAUGCCAUCUUGAAAUCCAUAGGAGGGGGCAUUGUAAAUCUUGCCAAAACCCUGGCUGAGGUGAAGAGCAGAGGCCCUGGGGUAAAUCCAGAACUUCAAUACAAGAUGCCCGAUGAAGAGUCAAAAGAAACCGAGAAAUGGGCCAACACAGGAGGCCUUGUGGCUUACAGGUCUCAACAACACCUGGAGACCAUUAUUAAUGCACUUUCAGUAGAGUAGAGUUUUAUUUCACACUACAAUUAAGAGGCAAUGAGUCACCAAAAAUAAUCUAAUUGUCCUAUUCCUAGCCAAUCAUUUUUUAUAAAUAUUAAAUGGGCUUAAUAGACAUUGUUUUAGAACACUCAAACAAUAUACCAGAAUAAAGAUCUACCUUGUUCUAUAAAAUAAACAAAUUGGAGAAGGGAAAGAGGCAGUGACUAUAUCACAGGUGUCUUGUUAUUUUAAAUCUAUAUUUUGUUUUACAAAGCAGCUGCAAACCAAAGAAUCGUUCUGAAGCAGGUUGAAGUUCUCCGCUACAGGUUUUACCCUGUCUACCAACUCAAAAAUACUCCUAUUGGUCUCUUGCAUAUUAGUCUUAGGCAGAAUCUUAAUGGUUUGUCCAUGUACUGAAAAUGCAACAGUUGUGGGAAAGCUCCAUUCAUUUAAAAGUGAGAUAAUUUCUCUUCUGUGGAUGCCAUUGAUGUUUGAAAAAAACCCAUGAGCCCACUGGUGCUUUGCCCAAGUCUCCAUGCUUCAUGUGAAUAAGACUAAGACGGUCUCCAUUUGUUUGAUGAUGAUGGUACAGUAGAGCCUAAUAUCUACCCAGAAACAGUAUCUGACAAACACUAAACAGAGCACAAAUUUGUGCUAGAGUUGUCUCAACUAUGGGCAGUGCAUCCUAUUGGCAUGUCUCUGCUUUAUUUGACAAGAUUAAUUCUCUACAAGGCAACCCAUUCCUUCAAGUCAGUGCCUAGUGGUGGUUGAACUUAAAACACACAGUAACCAAGGCAAAUUGCUGCAUUUGCCCAGGUAAUAACAAAAAUAAAUCGUAAUUGUUUGAAAUUAAA